CGAUCGCUGGAAUGGUGAUUUUCCGGCUAGUUUGGCCGGAAUUCCAUUGAGUUACUGGAUAUUUCGGUGGACAAAAUGUUCAGGUCGGCGAGAUGGAGAAGCGACUGUCUUCAAAUUGCAGUUUCAUGCAACUCAGCUGCCGCAACAAAAUGUGAAUGCAUUGGCUAUAUCAGUGGUUCCGAGAAGAAAGUUGUCGAUGGGAGUUUCCGGUCUAUGAAACAGUGAAAUACAUUCGUGAUGUGAAAACAGGGAAGAUCAAUGAGAGAAUAUACCAUUUUGUUGUCUCCACUGGAUCAUCGAAAAAUAGUUUAGUUGGAGAAGUUUCUAUAGAUUUUGCUGAUAAUGCUGAGGCAACUAUAGCUUCCACAGUUUCUCUUCCCCUCAAGAAUUCAAAAUCUGAUGGGGUUUUGCAUGAUGGACCACUUAUCAAUGCAUCUCUCAAUUCUGAAUUAAAUGGCAAUGACAGGACUUCUAGUGGAUCUGACAUUACAAUGUCAAGUUCUGAAAGUCGCUCUGGACUCAAUACCCCACGAGAACUUGGAUUGAGAAACAACAUGCUACAGGACCCUACUAGCUUUCUAUCAUCUCGAACCCGCACUUCAGCAUCUCUCCUGUCAAAAGCAAAUGUUUCCGCAGCAAGCUAUGUGGAGCAUCAGCAACCACAAUGGGAGUUAUCCGCAGAUUCUGCUCAUGAUAUAAGUAAUUAUGACUCGACAAAUAGUUUUCAAGGCUCCUUCACAAGAGAGAGAUCUCAUCAGGCUUCAGAUAUUGAGAUGGAAAAACUCAAGUCUGAACUCGUUAUGUUGUCAAGACAGCAAGAUGUGUCAGAGUUGGAAAUACAAACCCUGCGGAAACAAAUUGUAAAAGAGAGCAAAAGGGGGCGGGACCUCUCCAGAGAAAUCUUGGGAUUAAAAGGGGAGAGAGAUAUGCUCAAGUCAGAGUGCGAGAAACUCAAGGCAUUUCAGAAAUGCAUGGAGGAGGCAAAAAGCAAAAACAAGUUACCUUUCAAAUGUGGGGAUCCAUUUCUUGAAGAAGUUCGACAAGAGCUGAAUUAUGAGAAGGACCUGAAUUCCAACCUCCGGUUACAACUUCAGAAAACGCUGGAAUCAAAUGCUGAGUUGAUACUUGCUGUGAAAGACCUCAAUGAAAUGUUAGAGCAGAAAAGUAGGGAAACAUCUGACCUUUCCAGCAAAGCAAGAUCCUAUAAGAAUGCAAUCUCAAGAAGUAAUACUGGUGAUGAUGAAGAGCAAAAGGCACUGGAAGAACUUGUUAAGGAGCAUAAGGAUGCUAAAGAAACGUGUUCUCUGGAGCAAAAGAUUAUGGACCUCUGCAGUGAAAUAGAGAUCUAUAGGGGGGAGAGAGAUGAGCUGGAGAUGCAAAUGGAGCAGCUGGAACUCGACUAUGAGAUAUUGAAGCAGGAGAACCAUGGCAUAUCAUAUAAAUUAGAACAAAGUCAGCUGCAAGAACAGCUGAAGAUACAGUAUGAAUGCUCCCCUUCGUUUCCCAACACAAAUGAACUAGAAGCUCAGGUUGAGAGCUUAGAAAAUGAACUAAAGAAGCAGUCAAAGGAAAACUCUGAUUCUUUGACCACCAUAAAGGAACUACAAACCCAUAUAAAGAGCUUGGAGAAAGAAUUGGAACAGCAGGCCCAAGAGUUUGAUGCUGAUCUGGAAGUUUUAACAAGUGCAAGAGUUGAGCAGGAGCAGAGAGCCAUUCAAGCAGAGGAAGCCUUGCGAAAGACAAAAUUGAAAAACGCUAAUACAGCUGAGAAACUACAAGAAGAAUUUAGGAGGUUGUCCAUUCAUAUGGCCUCAACUUUUGAUGCAAAUGAGAAGGUAGCUAUGAAAGCGCUUGCAGAAGCUAGUGAACUACAUAUGCAGAAAGGAAAACUGGAAGAAAUGCUUCAGAAAGCUAACGAGGAGCUCCAAUCAGUUAAGGAUGGUUAUGAGUCAAAAUUGCAUGUUCUUUCCAACCAACUGAAUUUGAAAAUGCAUCAGAUAGAACAGAUGUUGAUGGAAAUUGAGGAUAAAUUCAGACAGCUUGAACAGCAAGAGAAGCAUGAUGAAGAAUGUGUAGGAGCCUUCUCCCAUGAAAACCAAGGCCUAAAAGCUGAGCUUGAAAUGCUCUCAAUAGAAAACAAUCACCUUUCUGAGCAAGCAGAACAGAAUGAAAAUAUGAGUUUAGAGGUGGAACAAAUGAAGACAUCAAUUAAGCACACUGCCGCGCUGGUACAAAAAGGAAAUAUGAAACGGAAUGAACUGGUGAGUACAAUUUCUUUGUUGAAGAAGGAAGCAGAUAAGUCGCAGGAGGAGUUAAAUAGAAUGAGGUGUCUCAAGGAUGAGAAGGAGUCUGCAAUGAGUCUCUUGCAAUCAGACGUCAGAAUGCUUAAAGCUCAAUGUGAUGACUUGAAACAUUCUCUGUUUGAGGAUGAGUUGGCAAAAGAAAAACUUAGAAGGCAGUUACUCCAAUUAAAGAGUGAGCUGAAGAAGAAGGAAGAUGCUUUGACCAGCAUGGAGAAGAAACUCAAGGACAGCAACAAAUGCAUAGCAGUUUCUGAAGGAACAAAAAGUACCAUGACAAACAAUAAGUUUGCUCCAGUUCCUUAUGGCUCUAAAGAGAUGGCAAAUCUGAGGGACAGAAUAAAAUUGCUUGAGGUACAAAUAAAGUUAAAGGAAACUUCUCUAGAAGCCUCUGCAAAUUCGUUUUCAGAGAAGGAAAGGGAUCUUCAAAACAAAAUUGCAGAGUUGGAGGGCAGGGUGGAAGAACUCAACCAGAACUGCGCAUGUUUCUGCAGCAACCAACUCCGAAAGUCAUCUGAAGACAACAUUGGGAUUACUCCAAAUGGUGAUAUAGCUGAAGAUUUAAGCAGGGAUGAAAAUCCAAGCAGUAGUACAUCAGGGAUGUCCAAAGAAAAUGGGAAUUUAAAACUGUCAAUCAAGAGCGAUCAUUCCAGUGCAUCGGAGUUGGAACCAAAAACCUGCUCUGUCAACAACACGGACCACAAUGCCAAUGAGGAGUUGGGUGAACUAGAGUCAUUGAAGGAGAGAAACAAAUCAAUGGAAAAUGAACUGAAGGAGAUGCAAGAAAGAUAUUCGGAAAUGAGUCUCAAGUUUGCACAGGUAGAAGGUGAAAGACAACAGCUGACGAUGACGCUACGAAAUCUUAAGAAUGCCACUGCCAGGAAGACCUGAUAAUUUCUUUCCUGUUAUACUGUGUUCAGUUGAGUGGUUGUACUGCAAGGAAAAUCUAGAUGUAGUUUCUAUCAGAAUCAAUAAUUAAUCUGUACAUGGUUAGACGAAACUACAAAGAUCCGAGUGUAUACGAGCCAUUUUUAUUAGGUGAUUUUUUACGUUUUUCAUUAA